UAUCCUCCUACGUCUCAAAUUGCCUAUAAGCUACUGUCAUGGCAAUCUCAAUAGUGACCGUGAGACUCUGGCUAUUCGCUGUGGCUCUUACCUAUGUUUCUGUUCUUUACGGCAACUUAGGGAAGGCAGAUGAAGCACCUCAAGAUCAUGAUCCGGCUCAAAUUGUUGCCAAAGCAUUGCUAUGUUUCAAUGAAAAAUAUGUUUACAUUAGUUGUGAAGAAUCUCAAAGACUCAGUGAGAGCGGAAAACUCAACGUGCCACCUCAAAAGACCGAUGAAUACUGCAGUGGACCGUGCCUGACUGAAACAAACCUAGUGCUAAACUGCAUUGAAAACAUUUUAGAUAAUUUUAAGUUUUACAAUAAGGCCACAAUACAGGAUGUUAGAGAUACAGUUAAGGCAGCAUGUGGCAAUGGCCCAGAAAGAGGUAAUUUUGAUGUAGCCGAGCAUAUUAAAGCUGAAACAAGCAAUGCACACAAGGCCGUGAAUCAAAUUCUAUAUGGGCUUGGAUUGAUGAUCGUGGGGCAUGGUUUAUUGCCUUAAGCUGUGUACUAUAAUAUGAAUCACUUCACGGGCUAUGUUUUCUGGCUUUGAUAUGUCAUAUAUGUAAUAGCUAAUAGUAUGUCGGUGUAAUGCACGAAGUAACUAAAAAUGAUAUACAAAUUUCUAAUAAAAAGUUUCAGUAAUCCUUUCUUAA